UGAUCACUGAUUGAUGAAAGAUCAGUUAUAGGGAUAAAUUUACUCCCAUCACCCCUUUUCCACCAAUUACGCUCGGUGUCAAAGCGCAUAUGAUCAAGCGAAUUUGUCGGCCAUGUUAUCAUUUUAAAUUCGCCAAGUUUUGCGUAUCAGCCGACGUGAUUCAGCAGUUUGAUUAUUUAAUUCUUGUGAGUUAUCGUGUAGUCUGUCGUCAACGUUGAUCAACGUUGUCAACAAUUCAUUCGGGCAAGCUUAAAUAGCUAAGAAUACUAUUUGUGAUAUAAUGACGAUCAAGGCCGUCUGUGUCCUUCAGGGAGAGCCUGUUAAAGGGACCGUGUAUUUUGAACAAACGGAAGGUUCAAAUACAGUCAAGGUAUCUGGACAAGUUUCCGGCUUGCAGAAAGGCCUACAUGGUUUUCACGUUCAUGAAUUUGGCGACAACACCAAUGGUUGCACGAGUGCAGGCGCUCAUUUCAAUCCACUAGGAAAAGAUCAUGGUGGUCCAAAUGACAGUGUGCGUCAUGUUGGAGAUUUAGGAGUUCAUGCUGAUCCUGAUGAUUUGGGCCAGGGUGGCCAUGAGUUAUCAAAAACUACUGGCAAUGCUGGUGCUCGUCUUGCUUGCGGUGUUAUUGGCAUCACAAAGUAAACGCAUAUAUAUGAUGGGUGCGAGAAGUUAAAAAGAUGGGGUAUAUAUUAGAGAGGGUAUAUACAUACUAUUUUCUUACUACUUGGUUUCCAAUAUAUAGUCAUGUCAUGCAAGUGUUAUUUUUUUCAAUAUAAUAUGAUGAAAGUUUUGUUCUUAGAAGUUAACAUUAAUGAUAACAUUAAUGUUAAAAUAUGAAUUUAUGUAUGUUGCCUAUGGAACUAAAUAAGUAUAGAAAAAUAUAUAUACAGAUCCAGAACA